GAGACUACCCUCCUCACCGUCGCCUUGCCGCAGAACGCUGCCCGCUCGCAUCGCGUCCGCGCCCAUGAAGCCUUCGUAGCGACUCCUGGCUCAGCAGCCUUCCCCGCCACACUGCGAACCUCUCCGAACGCCGCUGUCUGAGCGACAAUGACGAGGAAUCCCGAACGGCACACAUCGCAUACCUCCACCGAGAGUUCGGGCAGCUGGCGAUCCAGCGAUACCGUGCGCGAGUCCUUUCGCUCCCGGCCCACCGUCAAGACCUCCAAGGACUCUGCCCAGCUGCAGGAAAGGGAGUCUGAAAUAUCCCCGGGCACAGUUCCUCCAAUCCCUCCCCCCAAGGAUAAUGCCCCCCCGCCACGACGACCUUCGAAUUGGGAUGUUCCGCAAGUGAGCGAUUUCCGGGAUUAUCGGAAGCAAUUAGCUGUCUUGGACACUUCGGGCGGCCGCAUACCUUCUAUUUCGCGAAAUCCCCCUACCGCGACGUCGCCUGUUCCUCCCUCGUAUCCCUCCACGAAUGGCUCUUCGACGCCUGCAGGUGUCAUGAGCUUCUUCAAUGAUUCCAAUGAGGAUGUUUCGCAGCUGUCGCCAGGCUUCCGUCCCGGCAGUGGAAGAGACGAAGCAAUGGGUUACGCCGGCGACACGAGGCGGCCAUCUGUUGUGAGCACGGUGAGCAGUACGGGCUCGAAAUCGAGCAGGGGUUAUCACAAACCUUUGAAAAACAUCUUCGGCGAAGAUUUUCCAGGUGAUUCUCGUCAGAAUUCCGACACCAGCUUGGGCGCAGGUUAUGGCCUCGAUUCGCAGUCGACUCGUAGCCUGCGCAACCGGACAAAUUCCUUCAAUAAUCCCCUCGCAGGUAGUCUCCAUAGUCGACCGGGAUCGCCGUCUAGCUCUCGCCCUCGAUCCCCUCUGCCCUCGUCGGAGGUUACGCCCUGGGAAUUCCAGGACUACUUCAAGGACGCUCCUGGUGCUUCUGAAAAUGGUCGUGCCUCCUCUGAACAGCAGUCUGGAAAAUUCGGAAAGAAGUCCCGGCUGCAUCGUCACAAGGGAAGCAAGGACGACAAUACCAAAACCUCCGAGGGACGUAUCGAUAUCAGCCAUCCCUUUCCCCUCCGCCCCUUGACCAGUCGUGAAGAGUCAGCAUAUAGCGUUAGGCGGGACCAGCAGCAAUCGCUCCCCCCAACCGUUGGCUCCAAGACGGGUCUCUUCGUGCGCGCGUCAAGCCCCACGCCUAGCUCACUCAGCGAUGUAUCCAAAGAGCAGCUUGCGCAACGAUCACCAAGCGCCAGCAAGCCUCGUACGUUUUUUCAGCGCUUCACAGGGAAAGUGAAGCAGGAUCGCUCCACCCCGGAAGCAUUGCGAGACCUCCCUUCAUCCACAGUAUCCCUGCAGCCUUCCGUACGAUCCGCGAAACAGCCACGGCAGGAGCCAUCUCCAGCCGGUUUGCACAAGAGAAGCCGACUGGACAUGGGACUGAAGGGCGGUGCGUCUUCGAAGGAGGGCAAAGAGAAGCACAAGUUCCUCAAGUCCUCGAAGAAGUAUCAGGGAUACGAUCAACCGCGCUUGAUGGAUCCAAACGAGGCGAGAGACAAUGCCGUGACGAACGAUGCAACGUGGAAGUUGGAUACGGACCUCGAUCACAUGGAAGGAAUCCUACAGCAGCCGCCCAUGACGCCGCCUACAGGGGAUGUGACGGCUCAAUUCGCUCCGGAAGACGAUGUGUGGGACGCUCCCGAUUCCUGGGCGGUGAAACGGCUUGAUGGCGAAAAUAUUCCGCGGCACGAUGAUAUGGAUGAGACCACUGUGAGCAAGGAGGAUGAAGAAGAUACGAGAACAUACUGUGUGCGCAUUUUCCGUGCCGACUCUACCUUUGCUACAUUGUCGGCCUCGUUGACCACUACCGUCUCGCAGAUCAUCCAGAUUCUGGGGAAAAAGACGCUACUUCAGGACGAGCUAGACAAUUAUCAUAUUGUUAUGCGUAAACACGAUACAUCCCGCCAACUUGAUCCGACCGAGAGGCCUUUGCUGCUUCAGAAACAACUACUGAAGCAGGCUGGUUAUACUGAAGCGGACAGGAUUGAAGAGAUUGGCAGAGAAGACAACAGCUAUCUUUGUCGAUUUACGUUUCUCCCUGCAAAAAUGACUGGUUACGCCAGUCUGGAAAGGGAUCCGGGGUUCAGCAAGAUGCAGAAAUUCAGCCACAUUGACCUCCAAGGACGCAAUCUGGUAACGAUCCCCAUCAUCCUUUACCAGAAGGCCACCGAAAUCAUAUCUCUCAACCUUUCCCGAAACCUGUCCCUCAAUGUUCCAAAGGACUUCAUCACCGCUUGCACCAAUCUCCGCGAGAUCAAGUACACUAGCAACGAGGCGCGCAGACUUCCACCCAGUCUGGGUUUGGCAACCCGUUUAACCAUGUUGGACAUUUCCAACAAUCGUCUACAGUCACUCGACAAAGCUGAGCUACAGAAUCUACAGAGCCUCCAGGGCCUGCGACUUUCCAACAAUCGCUUAAACAGGUUACCACCGUACUUUGACAGGUAUCGCGCGUUGAGAAGCUUGAAUCUCAGUUCCAACUGCCUGACCGAAUUUCCCGACUUCUUGUGCGAAGUGCGAACCUUGGUGGAUCUUGACAUCAGUUUCAACUCCAUCUCCAGUCUCCCUAAGAUCGGGCAGCUCACAUGCUUGGAACGCCUAUGGGCAACCAACAACAAACUCUCUGGCAGUUUUCCCUCAUCGCUUGGUAAUCUUGUCAACCUGAGGGAGAUUGAUGUCCGCUUCAACUCGCUGAACAACAUGGAUGUUAUGUCUCAACUGCCAAGCCUUGAAUAUCUGAUGAUCGGCCACAACUGCAUAUCGGUUUUCGAAGGGUAUUUCGCUCGAAUUCGGGUCCUGCAUAUGAAUCACAAUCCAGUGACCCGCUUUGGCGUAAGCGCACCAGUGCCCACGUUGUCGGUCUUGAAUCUUGCGUCAGCAAAGCUAUCUCAGCUCCCGGAGGAUCUCUUCCCAAAGGUGUCCGGGCUCACCAAGCUUAUUCUGGAUAAGAACCAUUUCACGUCCCUCUCGUCAAAUAUUGGAAGACUGUCCCGCCUGGAGUAUCUGAGCGUCGCACGUAACUCGCUCAACGAACUACCUGCCGAAAUUGGGCGUCUCGUUGAGCUUCGCUAUCUGGAUGUACGCGAAAACAAUUUGGGCCGCUUACCCCCCGAAAUCUGGUACGCUCGGCGACUGGAGACGCUCAAUGUGUCGUCCAACAUUCUGAGUGGGUUUCCUAAGCCUGCCUCAUCCCCACCAUCCAUAUCGAACGGCGAUGAUUCAGCGACCCCGUUGUCCACCCCCGGCCUCGGCAGCAGUCAAAGUUUUGAGGAGUUGGGAAAGCUUGAGGGCUUCCAGAAUCGCCGUCCCAGCCAGGCGUCUGGAGGUUAUCUCGCGAGCUCGGGCACAUCACCGGCUACAUCAACACGCAAAGGUUCCAUGGCAUCAUAUGCCACAGCAAGGAAGCCGUCCAUCGCAUCGCGGACGACAGAAGGAGGCAGCACCUCACGUAAAGACUCUAGUCUUACGGUUAGGCUGACCACCACUUUCGCCGGCUCUUUACGUCACAUCUUCCUCGCGGAUAAUCGGCUCGAAUACGAUGUCUUCGACGAGCUUGCCUUGCUUCCUGAACUGAGAAUAGUCAACCUCUCGUACAAUCUCCUCAAUGAGAUCCCGCCGAGAAUCAUCCGACGAUGGCAUUCCCUAACAGAGCUCUACCUCUCUGGCAAUGACCUGACAUCGUUGCCCGCCGAAGAUUUGGAGGAUGUAAGUUCCCUUAAAGUACUGCAUAUCAACAGCAACAAGUUUCAAGUUUUACCUGCCGAAUUAGGCAAGGUCACAAAGCUUGCCAUACUUGAUGUUGCGAGCAAUGCGCUAAAGUACAAUGUCUCCAACUGGCCGUACGAUUGGAACUGGAACUGGAAUCACAAUCUGAAGUACCUGAACCUGUCUGGAAAUAAGCGCCUGGAGAUCAAGCCGACUGGCGCGUUCAGCGGUGGAGGAGCCGCGAUGAGAGAGGGGCGAGAUCUUACCGACUUCACUUCGCUGACCAAUCUGCGCGUGUUGGGCCUAAUGGACGUUACCAUGAUGAUACCUUCCGUCCCUGAACAGAGUGAGGAUAGGAGGGUGCGCACAUCCGGUUCAGCUGUUGGGGUAAUGGCCUAUGGAAUGGCCGACAGUCUUGGACGCAGUGAGCAUUUGUCUACGAUGGAUAUGGUUAUCCCUCGAUUUCGGAGUCACGAUGACGAGCAGAUAUUGGGUCUCUUCGACGGACAGGCACUCACCGGUGGCGGCUCACGAAUCGCGAAGUAUCUAUACGACACUUUCAAGGUUCGGUUCGCUGAGGAAUUAGAUCGCCUUCGGGACCAAGAAACCCCUGUGGAUGCGUUGAGACGCACAUACCUUGGUCUCAACAAGGAACUGGCCACUGCAGCAACACAGUCGUUGCAUCAGAACCUCGUUUCCCCGCUUGCUCCGCAUCGAGGCUCCCUACCAGAUCUCAGUGACGACGACCUCCAUUCCGGGAGCGUGGCUACAGUACUCUAUCUCAAAGGCAUGGAGCUCUAUAUCUCAAAUGUUGGUGACGCUCAGGCGCUCCUCAUUCGCUCCGAGGGAGGGCACAAAGUACUCACAAUGAAGCAUGAUCCCGCCGAGGCUAGUGAACGAAACAGGAUCCGGGAGGCAGGAGGGUUCGUCUCGCGACAAGGAAAGCUGAAUGAUAUGCUUGACGUCUCGAGGGCAUUUGGCUACGUGCAAAUGUCACCCUCCGUCAUCGCUUCUCCUCACAUCACGAAUGUUACGCUUGGCGAUGCCGAUGAAAUGAUACUAAUCGCCUCUCGGGAGUUAUGGGAGUAUCUGACACCGGAUUUCGCCGUCGAUGUGGCACGUUCCGAGCGCAGCGACCUGAUGCGAGCCGCUCAGAAGCUCCGAGACCUUGCGAUCGCAUUUGGUGCAACUAACAAAAUGACGGUCCUUCUGCUCGGAGUUAGCGACCUCAAGAGGCAGCAAAACCGGCUUCGCUUCCCCACGCAUCCUAUGUCCAUGGUUCCUUCUGGCUCUCCGGACGACCUGUUCGCCUCGCGCAGAGCACCCAGGCGCAAGCGGGAUCAGCCCAACGAUUCAAAGCUCGGUUUGUUGGAUCCGGAGGUAGUCCCUCCCACCGGAGAAGUCAGUCUGGUCUUCACCGAUAUCAAGAACUCGACUUUGCUCUGGGAAACUUAUCCGAUUGCAAUGAGAUCGGCCAUCAAGAUGCACAACGCGUUGAUGCGUCGGCAAUUGCGCAUCAUUGGUGGGUAUGAAGUCAAAACUGAAGGAGAUGCUUUUAUGGUCGCCUUUCCAACCGUCACAUCCGCCUUGUUAUGGUGUUUCACUAUCCAAAGUCAGCUGCUGGAGGUGCCAUGGCCAGAAGAGAUCCUCAGCAGUGUCAACGGGCAAGAAGUUGUUGACCCGGACGGUAACGUGAUCUUCCGCGGUCUCUCAGUCAGGAUGGGCAUCCAUUAUGGUAGGCCCGUGUGUGAAGUCGAUCCUGUCACCAAGCGUAUGGAUUAUUUUGGGCCGAUGGUCAAUCGCGCCUCUCGCAUCUCUUCGGUUGCAGAUGGUGGCCAAAUCACAGUGUCGGCGGACUUCAUCACCGAAAUCCAGCGCCUAUUCGAGAUCAACGAAGAGGGAGAUCGGAGUAAUUCCCAAGGGUCUGAAGACAGUAUCCUCGACGACAUCAGGGUACGCCAAGAACUUCGAUCCCUACAGAGCCAGGGCUACGAAGUCAAGGACUUGGGAGAACGACGCUUGAAGGGCCUCGAGAACCCGGAAUACAUCUACCUCAUCUAUCCGCAUUCACUGGCUAGUCGUCUCACUGUACAGCGUCAAUUGGAUGCCCAAACCCUCCUGCCACCCAGCACCGCUGUCCCUGAAGAGGGUCAGCGGAUGGGAGAUGCGCAGUUCACGAUCGACACGCAGAAUGUCUGGGACUUGUGUGAGGUCAGCCUGCGCCUGGAAAUGCUGUGCAGUACGCUGGAGAACCCUGGAAGUAUGGAGCUAAAGCCCCCCGAGACGGCGCUCUUGGAGAGAAUGAGGAGUCGUCCUGGCGAGCUGACGGAUCGAUUCUUGAUUAACUUUGUGGAGCACCAGAUCUCCAGAAUCGAGACGUGUACCACCACUCUCGCGCUCCGCCACAUGGUCAGACCUUUUGGCUCGAGGCGGUUGCUCGAGCAGGCUUGCCCAAUGUCUGAUAUUCUCGAUGAACUCCAGAGCCAGUUGAAGGAGUUGCAGCAGCUGAAGGCUAACGCUGCGGCAACCACCAACGCUUGAACGAUUGACGACUGCAUAUGAAUGACUCGUACCUACCUCGUUUUGAACCCCUCCGCACGUAUCUGCAAUGGCGCACACGGUUGUCUCUAUCAGCG